GGCACUGUGGGCGCCGCCAUUGAGGCCGCGGGAUCAGCUGAGGCCGCGUUGGGGGUGGGCGCCAUGUCGGCCUCCGGUUGCCACAGGAUCCUGACAAAACCAGAGGCUGUGGACCAGAAGAGUGCGAGGACAGCCGAGGAGGGCAGGCAUCCGCCCGAGAUGGCUGCGUCUGAACCCGAGUGCAGUGGCGCGGGAUCAGUAACACUCAAAGAUGUGACUAUGGCCUUUACUCAGAAGGAAUGGGAGAAACUGGAUCCUGCUCAAAGGGACCUGUACAAGGAUGUGAUGCUGGAGAACUACAGCAACCUAGCCUCAAUGGGGAAUCAAGCUCCCAAACCAGACAUGAUCUGCAAGUUGGAAAAAGGAGAAGAACCAUGGCCAGGGAAGGGGAAAAGAUCCAGUCAAAACCAUCUGAGUAAACCAGCAAGAUCCAAGCAAACAGAAACCAGUGGAAAAGUUCAACAAGGUGAUGACCAGCUACAGAAUAACCAGAAAUCUCAAGACAAACUCAUUGGGGAAGUUGCAUUGAAGAAAACUCCAACUAAGAAGAAAGACAGUGAGUAUACUUCAUUGGAGAAAAAAAAUAAUGUGAGUACAAAACAUAGUCCUUCAAAGAAAAGGUUUAAAUUUGAUUCACAUGCAAAGAAUUUGAAACAGAAUAUAGCCUCACCUGGUCAUGUAAAAAACACUGCAAAAAAGAAACCUGAUGUUGCUAAAGAACACAGGAAAUCAUUAAAGCAUGGCUUGUCUCAUACAAAGAAAGACAAAAAUCAAACUGGAAAGAAACUUGAUAAAUUAUCUAACCAUACUUCUUCUGAUAAGUGUGACAAAAUUCAAACUGGCAAUAAACAAGAGAAAUUACAUGAUCAUCAUUCAUCCUGUACUAAGAAAGACAAAACCCAAAUGCAAGAAAAACAUGAGACAUCAUCUACUAAGACUGAUAAAAGUCAAGCUUGUAUAAAACCUUAUGAAUGUAAUCAAUGUGGGAAGGUUCUCAGCCAUAAACAAGGACUUAUUGACCACCACAGAACUCAUACAGGGGAGAAACCAUAUGAAUGUGAUGAAUGUGGAAUUGCCUUUAGCCAGAAGUCUCACCUGGUUGUACAUCAGAGAACUCAUACUGGAGAAAAGCCAUAUGAAUGUGCUCAGUGUGGCAAAGCCCAUGGUCAUAAACAUGCCCUUACUGAUCACCUAAGAAUUCAUACUGGGGAAAAGCCCUAUAAAUGUACUGAAUGUGGCAAAACCUUUAGACACAGCUCAAACCUUAUUCAACAUGUGAGAUCUCAUACAGGUGAAAAACCUUAUGAAUGUAAGGAAUGUGGAAAAUCUUUCAGGUAUAACUCAUCUCUUACUGAACAUGUGAGAACUCACACAGGUGAAAUAGCAUAUGAAUGUAAUGACUGUGGCAAAGGUUUUAAAUAUAGUUCAUCCCUGACAAAACAUAUGCGAAUUCAUACAGGUGAGAAACCCUUUGAAUGUAAUGAAUGUGGGAAAGCAUUCAGCAAAAAGUCACACCUCAUUAUACAUCAAAGAACUCAUACAAAAGAGAAACCUUAUAAAUGUGAUGAAUGUGGAAAAGCCUUUGGACAUAGCUCAUCUCUUACUUACCAUAUGCGGACUCAUACAGGUGAAAAUCCCUUUGAAUGUAAUCAAUGUGGGAAGGCCUUUAAACAAAUUGAAGGCCUUACUCAACAUCAGAGAGUUCAUACUGGGGAGAAACCAUAUGAAUGUAAUGAAUGUGGGAAAGCUUUUAGUCAAAAGUCACAUCUCAUUGUACAUGAAAGAACUCACACAGGUGAGAAACCAUAUGAAUGUAAUGAAUGUGGAAAAGCUUUCAGUGCAAAGUCACAGCUUGUUGUACAUCAGAGAGCCCAUACAGGAGAGAAACCCCAUGAAUGUAAUGAAUGUGGGAAAGCCUUCAAACAAAAUGCAUCACUUAUUAAGCAUAUGAAAACUCAUUUAGAAGAGAAAGCUCAUAAAUGAAAUCAAUUGUGGAAAUCUGAUAACUGUUGUGUUUAAUGUUAGAAAUAUGUAUUCUAAAUUUAGAGAAUAUUAGAAAAUCUCUGGUGAGAAGUCACACCAUGUUAUACGUUAGCAAAUUGGAAUGUGGAUCUUCAUAUAGAAGCAAUAGAUGGAAAUAAGGGUUGUAAUGUGAUACCAAGUUACAGAAAACAAAUUUUUUUUUUGAGACAAAUAGGGCCUUAUUUUUAGGUCAGAAUGGCCUUGAAGUUACUAUGUAGCCCAGGCUGGUCUUGAACUUGCAGUGAUCUUCUUGCCUCAGUCUCCUGAGUGCUGCGACUAUAGGCAUGUGCCUCCAUGCCUAGCAAAAAUAUUCUUUUAAAAAAUUAUAAGUGAUCUACAUAUUUGUGAUCUGCAUAUUUGUGAAAAAGUUAUAAAUGAUCUACAUAUGAAAUAUAAAGCUUUAAGCAUUGAAUAAUCAAAGCAAUGAUGAAGCAAGUUGCAUAUGCUAAUAAUUUGUGUUGCUUAGAUCUUGUGCACUUAAGCACCACAUAUUAGAAUUGAAUUUGCAUAUCUGUAUAUUGCUUUGUAUAAAUAAGGAUGGCUAUUGUAUAAGCCUCUUUUAUAUUCUAUCCAGGUUUUUUAAAUUAAUAUCUAAAUUGGCUUCUGCAUUAGCAGAAAGCUUUAUAAAAUGCUUUUUAUUAAUCUAAAAAUAAACAAAAUUAAAAUAAAUCUAAAGAUAUAAAUACAUUGGUGAGUGUAAAAAAUUAGAUUAUUCAACUAUGUAUACAUUGUUUCUAUUUUUGUAUAAAAGAACUUGUGUUUACCUGUAUGUGUGUGUGUGUAUGUAUGUAUAUAUUAAUAUAUUUGUAUAUAAAUAGAUUUUGUUAAAAAAGUCCAGCAGAAACUUAAUAGUGGUCACCAUUGGACACAGGAGUAUAGGAAUGCUGUGUGGGUUGGGAAUAAGACCUCUUCUUUAAUAUAUUGUUUAAAUAUCUAUCAUAUAUGUGCAUUUAUUCUCACAAUUAAAAUACUUUUAAUAUGCAUAAAUUAAUACUUUAAGAAUAUCAUUGAGCCAACUGCAUGAUGUUUGACAAAUUAUCAUGGUUCCUAUGCUUUUUCAUGAAUGAUCAUGAAUCUGAGCUGUAUGGCAUUAAACAUAUAAUUGAAUUCACAAAGACUUAUCAAACACAAGACCAUUAAUAACAUAAUGAAUUACAAAUGUAACAGCACUGUGUUUCUUCUGUAUGCUAUUUUAUUAAAAACUCAAGAUGAAUUGUGAUUGCAGGUGAAGUGCAGUAGUUUGUUUUGAACAAGCACUCCAUUAUCUCAUGCUCAGUGUCCUAAUACAGAAACACCUCAAUCAGGGACUUCAAAUGUAUUGAAAAAAAAUGCCACCAUAUUCUGUUCUUGCCCAAUAACAUACUUAAUGAAUCACUGCACUCUUUCUGAGUGUACCCAGAGUUGACCCCAGAAGAUUCUUAAGCAUGGAUUCCAGAAGAUACUCUGAAUCAGUUUGAAUUUGCACAAGACACCAUCUUGCCAUUGCAUACCUAAGGUGGUUUUUUUUGUUUUUUACUCUUGACUCCUAGACAAAAAUAUAUACCUGCAGUAUAUAUUUUAAAAUUUAAGUUAUUAUACUACAGACACAGACAUGGUACAAAAAUGGUUUUGUAAAUUAUUGUAUUAAUAUUUUAAUAUAAUAUUGUUUAUAUGUAACCUAAAAAUAUAAUAUGUGAUAUGUAUGCUGCCUUUUGUAUUUUUUACAGCACUUCACUAUAUUAUCUCAUUUAUUCCUCAGAACAAAUAUAUCGGUCUGUUAUCAAGGCUUCUCUUGUCCUGUUAAAUUCUGUUUAAUUAAUAUUUCCCAAGUAUAGUCUAGCAUAAUAAUGAACCCUAAACAAAUAUGUGAUUAAAUGUCAUCUUCAAGUGUUUCAAUUUAAGUUCCUGUGUUUCUAAUCUCCUCAUUUCAGAAAAUUAAAAAAUCUCAAUAUUGUGGA